AUGUAUCUUCUGUCACAAGCCCUGGAAUAUGGGGCUCCCCUCUUCCUCAUUACCUCCCCAGUGACUUCCUAUGCGGACCAGAUUCUCAGUAUUCACCGGUCUAGGAGCUCGGCUGGAUUUUCGCUGGACAUUCCUUUGAUUAUGCUUGUCGCGUCCGUCCUGAAGAUCUUCUACUGGUUCGGCGCUCUCUACUCUUUUUCGCUUCUGAUCCAGGCCGUCAUCACGGUCGGGGUGCAGGUAGUCUUGUUGAAGGUUGCAUUGGACAAUCGGCCAUCGCCCGGGCUGAAGAACAGCGUUGAACAUGUUCCGUUCAGCAGUGUGGACAAUGGUGGAUUUGCGAGACCCUACGAUUUCUGGCAGUGGAAGAGCGCGAAACCUUACUGGAUGUUCUUGGCAUAUUUCGUCGGCGCGCUCACCUUCAUCCAGGUCCUCCUGCCUCCACUUGCCAACUCAGAAUCCUACAUCGGUCUUCUCGGAUACGUCGGACUCGCCGUAGAAGCCACGCUGCCUCUUCCCCAGAUUUUCAAGAACCACAAGUCCCGUUCAUGCGCAGGAUUCCGGCUCUCGGUGCUCGCAGCUUGGAUUAUCGGUGAUAUCAUGAAGCUGAGUUACUUCUUCUGCAGCCAGGAGGUGAUCCCCUGGGCCUUCCGGAUGUGUGGUCUCUUCCAGUGUGUUUGCGACCUGUACUUGGGCGUGCAGUUUUGGAUGUAUAGUGGUGCCUCGUUCCGGACUGCGGGCAGUCCUCGGGGACCUAGUGGGAGCUUUAAUGUGGAGGAGAAGGACAUCCGAAUGACUUGA